GGGUCGCUACAGCCUCGCGCCUAAAUUAGCACUCAGAACUGUAGAUAACAAAUGUCUGCAGUUUGCCAUGGAAUGACCGUGACUGCAAACACGUCCAGCCGCCAUGGAGAUCGUGUCACGUCACAGUCUGGUUAACGGAAUCAACCUACCAGCCAUGUUCCUUCUGUGGGCCGCUGUUUUGCUGCCUCCAGGUGCCUUCGCUGAAGACAGACGCACAGGUCACGCUCAUGCAGCAGAGCAGCAGGAGCGGCACCAGCAUUCUGUACAGGGACCCUUUGGACUGGAGAGGGUGGCGUUCGUGAUCCAGAGCCAGAGGAGCUCCUACCAUGCACGCCGAGGUUCUCAGAGGAGGGCGGAGAUUCUGCAGCAGGCGGCUGAACUGGCACAGGGACUCCCGCUGGUUCUGCUCCUGCACGAGCUGUCAGACUAUGAUGGGAUCUGGAGCAUCCUCCCUGCGCUUCCUCACCUCUCUUCCACCUACGGCCCGUCAGCGUCCUGGUUCGUCUUCCUACAGGAGGAAACCAGAGUCACACUGGCUGCUCUGCUGCAGGUGCUCCACAGAUACGAAGAGCAAAAGGAGUGGUUUUUGGGUAAGCGUCUCCAUGACAACGAGGCCUCCAUCAUCCACCACUACGCUUUCUCCGAGGACCCCGCUUCGUUUGGUUACCCUGACCCCGGGGCAGGCUGGGCUCUCAGCACCGCGCUGCUCCACAGACUUGCUGAGCGGCUUCAGCACGAGCACCUGAAGUCAGAUUUUACCAUCGACUGGAAACAUGAGCUUGCCUUGUAUAUCUGGGAUGAAGGAAACGGGCGAAAGCUGACGCCGGUCCCAGAGUUCUGUACGACGGCGAGAGACAGCUGCGCUACCACCUUUACUAGCUACCUGCCCGACUGUGGAGAUCCUGUCUCAAAAGAAGAUUUAUUUGUUGCUGUGAAAACAUGUCAAAAGUUCCACGCACAACGAGUGCCCGUAGUGAAGGCGACCUGGGAGGAGGAGGCUGCGCUGCUGGAGUACUACAGCGACGUGUGGGACGCGUCCAUCCCCACCGUCAACCUGGGUCUGCCCAACACCGACAGAGGACACUGUGGAAAGACGUUUGCCAUUUUAAGGCGCUUCCUGAGUCCAGCGGUGCCAAGGGCUGACUGGCUGCUCGUGGUCGAUGAUGACACACUCAUCAGCUUACCCCGUCUGCGGCGACUGCUGAGCUGCUACGACCCGAGGGAAGCGCUGAGCCUGGGGGAGAAAUACGGCUACGGCCUGGUUCACAGCGGGUACAGCUACACCACGGGAGGAGCGGGGAUGGUGCUGAGCAGGGCGGCCGUGUCCAGGCUGCUGUCCAGUGGCUGUAGCUGCUACAGUGAUGAGGCUCCUGAUGACAUGGUGCUGGGCAGGUGUUUGACCUCGCUGCGCGUCCCCGUCACACACAGCCCUCUGUUCCACCAGGCCCGGCCCGAGGACUACGCGGAGGCGCUGAUCUCCCCACAGGAGGCCAUCUCCUUCCACAAGCACUGGAACGUGGAUCCAGUGGCCGUCUACAGACACUGGCUGCAGGACGCGCAGCAGAGGGACGAGCUCUAGAACCGCGUUUGGGUCUGACGCCCACCUGUGACACCUCCUCAACCACCCCAUGGUCCCCACAGAGUCGCUGUCCCUCGCUGCAUCUCAGACUCACAGACUGCUCAGUAUACACUGUCUACUCCUCUGAGAGGAGCGGCACCAACCACCUGUAGAUGCAGCUGCUUUACAGAUACUGACUGCAGAAAAAGCGGCAUAUUUUAUUUCUGUGCUUCCAGAGGGAUCUGUCUGAAUCUUCAGUGCCGGUUGGGUCUAAAAGUUUGAGAAUGAAAACAACCUGUGGGGCGAGAGCUCCCCAGGCGUCCGCGGCGUCUUUGCAUUUCUGCUGGAGGCUGCAGGUUUAUCCACGCGUUAGCUGCCUCCGGAUGCACUGCUCAGAAUGAGAAUGGGAGCAGGUGAAGUCAGGUGGACGUCUACCUAGUUGGUGGUGGGUCAGCGGUGAUCUGGAGAAGUUUCAGUCUGUGUACCAGCACGUGGCUUGAUCCUUGGGACCAUUAACAGGAACAGCCUUUAGAAAAAUGUAUGGAUGAUUUUAAAGCUGAAGUUUACGGCGCGUCUCUGGUUCCUGGGUUUUAUUUGGAUCCACGUUGUGUUUCCUUUCUUGCUUAUUGCCUCCAUUUUUCUUCUAAUUGUCCUAAACCUUUUUACUGGUUUACCUCUGGGAGCACUGGUUUCCCAGACCUGCCCGUCUCGUGCAGGUUAUUCCACUCUGAUAACGGCCUUUUCAUCGCUCCCUCAUCUGCGGACGCCGCCUCAUUUUUCCAGACUCACUCACUUUAGUUGAGGCCAGUGUCCUGAAAUUGUCUUUGUGCCAUGUGUCACUGUGACAUUAGUCACUGCAGUGAAAGGCGUAGACGUCUCUGACGGAUCGGCGUAUCUGUUCCUUCUGCCUUUGGGCAGAACAAAUAAUUCCAUCAAUGGCACAUUCUUCAUUACAGCAGGAAAUAAUUGCUGAGUCUUUCUCUGUGUGACGAGAUGAUAGAAAAUGCCUCCAUAGUUAAAGCAGGGCUGUAUGGGUGAGAUUUUUUUAACCUGUCUACUCUCCAUCGGUAAUUCUUAAUUACAGUUCUCUCAUAUUUCACAUCAGGAUGUGGCUCCAGGGACGUUGUGUAUAAUUACACUGCUUUCAAUGUUUAAAAGUAACAUUACAAUCUUAAAAACUGGAUCAUUCCGCUCCUCUCACGUUCGGAUCCACUGAUGCAUGACGGCUGCCGGUGCCGGGUGCUUCCAGCUGUAGUGGAAGCACAGUGGUCCAGCACAGACCCAGGGUCAGUUAUGACCACAGGCCUGACUCCACAGCAGGAGGCCGUUUUCUGUCUUUAUUUUUGCUGUUUGACUCAUUGUGAGAGAACAUUCUGAUUUGGCUGAUGCUGAAUAUGAGCUUGCCUCAGUUUAUUAUGAUGCUUACACUGGUCGCAUUGAUGAAAAUCAUUUGUGUGCACAAAUCGCUGGCUUUGUUGGUGGAGCAGUUGAGAUUAGAGUAUAUGAGAUUAGAGGUAUUAGGAUGAUAAACGUGGACCGGAGCCAGAAGCCACCUGCCUGUUGGCUCUGACUAAACCGUCGGCAGCUUCUUCCCAUUUCCUGUAAAGGACAGUAAAUCUGUCCCUUCAACUAAAGGCUGGGACGAUUCCCAUCAGUGUGCUUCAAGGAGCCUAUAUGUUAACCAGCGUUUUAUCGUGUCCACUAUGAAUCUGUCAGCUGUUACUCUUGGCUCAUUCACCAACUCGUGUAUUUCUGUUCAAACACUUUUCCUUCAGCUCGUGAGUGAUUUCUUGCUUUUAAAAUGGGAAUAGAUUGGAUGUUGUUACUCAAAGCUGACUCGAAGACCUGGGCCAAACUCUUCUUUGAGCGGCUGUGAGGCAUUUUCAGUACGUCAUAAAUAACAUCUAGUUACGAGGCAAUCCAACGCGCCCCUUUCUUCUGUAUAAUAACUGUUUUGUUGUCAUUUGUCCAAUUAAAAGCUUUUUUUUUUAUUGAUUCUUUUAAAGUCACAGUGAGACAUUCAAACUGGACUGAAGUCUGCUCUAAUUGGCUGAUAGUUGUUGACACAGCAUUAGUAUUUUAUUCAAAGUGAAAUUUAUUGGGGGUCAUAUGGUCUCAAAGGUCGUUAUGUGUGAAUGUGCUCUAAAUUUCCCUGUGGACUCACAACCGGGCCCAAAUAUUUGAAUUUACACAGGUAGUUUCAAAAUGUCAGGUGCAGAUUUCCAUGAAAAACACUGGUUAUAUAUGUGAUCAGAGAUCUCAGAGAUGAGAUCACAUCGUUAUUGAGGAAUAAAAAAAACAUUUUAAGCCAGUGCAAUAUUUACUUUUAGAGCAGGGCGUAGUGAAGUUACAGAUUUAAAUACGAUCCUGCUAUGUUUGAGCUCAGUGACUCGUUUUAUUCUACACACUGAUUUACACAUCAGGACCUGAAGGGUUUUCACCACAAAAUGAUGUCAUGCAAAGCGUUAGUCGUAGAAGCAGGUUCGGUUUUGCUGCACGUGAAGACUGAGUUUUAAAUACACGCCUGCUCCACUCCCGCCCAGUAACGACUGCGUUUGGCGCCAUCGGCCGCCAUCAGCUGUUCAGAUGAUGGAUGGAUGCUCUGAACUUGUAGUGUAACACGCUAAGGUUCUUUCUGUCACCGACCCAUUGUGUUAUCACCGUUAACUUGUGAUGACUCACAUUUAAACCAGUCCAGCAUCACAAACAAUGAGGAGUUUGAGUAUUAUUUAUUUACGCUGCUGUGGAGUCGCUGACUGGUGUGAGCCUCAGGCUGCAGCCAUCAGCACCUCUUCAUUAUUCCUGCUGAUUUAGGCCAGUUGGGCCGAGGCCACGCUCGUGUUCCAGUCAACAUCCUGCAGCAUUGUCCUCAAAGUGUGCAUGCAGGCACAAAGUGGAGAGCCGGCCUUUUCUCCUUGUUUCACUUUAAAUUCAGUGCAUUUCAACUCGGGCACGUGUUGAAUUUUUCUCAGCUGGGAAGAAAUGACUUUUUCUACUAGACCCACAAAUCACACACAAUCCCUCAGCAGAAGUGCUGCUGGAUGCUGAACGGUCUUAGAGGAAGGCUGGUGAGUGAUUAUGAAAGGAAACGAGGCCGUUCCACCGAGCCGCGAAGACAAAUGCCGCUAGACAUCAGGGGAAUGUGUCACCGUGGAGGCGGCAGCAGCCGGUUCUGUUGCAAACCCGGUCGACCCGUUUGCUCUCUGCAUCAAAGGGGUGCUUUGCCAUCGGCCGUCUGUUUGUGAGCGCUGCGCCGAAGGCAAGGUCGGGUCCCCGGUUCCGAGGAGACAGCACCACCUUGGCUGCUUGUCUUCGGGUUGGACCCACAUCAGACGGCACCAGCGUGUUGUGCUUUAGUUCAUGGCCCCAUCACAUUCAGUUGAAGUUAAGGCUUUCAGGCAGAUGUGGAGCUCUUACUUGACUCAUUGUUUGUGUUGAGCUUAUUUGUCGUGUGAAUUUUAACCAUUCUGUGCUAGCGCCUCUCGGGCUGAAGGGCCAAUAUUUCAGUUCAGUGGCAUCAACUGGUUUUGUGCCAUGUUUCCUUGCAGGUUGUUGUCAUUGUUUUAUACCGUCCCUCCGAUUCAUCAGGAAGCAGGCGUCAAGUGGGCUGCAUUGGAUUUUGUGCCCCGAGCAGCUGAUAAAACUGGAGAACAGGUUUGUGCGACAGCGUCGGCCGCUGUGUUACAGAGCUAUAUAACAUUUCAUUACAAGGAUUUUCCCAAGCAGUAAAGUUUUCUGCCUCGCAGCCAAAAAUAAUCCGACACCGGAACACUACUCCCUCCCGUGAACGUCUCAGUCCAAACGUCAGGCAUCCAUCUGCUCCCAUAACUCUUCUGGGAAGGAUUUCCACAAAGUUUUGGAAAGUGGCCUCAAGCCACAGAGUUGGACCCGAAAGGCUGGUGAAUGAGAAUGAGCUACAGUAAAAGGCCUCGCUCGCUACAUCCACAGACGUGUCACAUGCGGUGUGAGAUCUGAGGCCCGUUAAGGUCAGUCAGGUUCUUCCACUCGUAAAGCAUUUUUAUGGACCUGGCUCCACGCGCUGCAGCUCUGAGCUGAGCAGCACAAACCUUUGUCUUAAAUAUCAGUCUGUGCUGCAGAAUCCAGAUUUCGUAGGUGGUCAGGCUGAAACACGGCACAAACCCAUCAGAACGCGUGUCCACAUUCUGAUGUCGCUAAUGAAAAUCCUCUCACUCUUGAGUUUGUUACGGGCAGAAUUGCUUUUAUUUAUCUCAAACUCACUUUUGAUUAUUAAGAUUUGAUGUAGAAAGUGCAUUUUAUGACAAAAGAAAUAUCAUUUGUUUUGAAGCCACAGAAAAAGAAACGUUGCGUCAUUUUUAAUUUAUUGCAUCGUAGAAUCAAUAAAAUAGUCAUUAAGGAAUUCGCAACCGCAGGUCAUUUCAAUGAGCACCAUUAAUUUUAAGUUCAAUAGUUCCACGGCUCCUUCUUUAUAGGUGUUGUUCUACUCAGACGUUCACAUUCACCUGCCAGUGAUCAAAUAUUAGCUUUGGCGUUCGGGCCUGAUUUUUAAUAUUUCCCUGGACUUCGUUCAUCCUCAGAGAAUCAUAUCAUUUAACUAAAAUAGAUGUUUUCAUAGUUUUCUUUCUACCGGCAGCGUAAUUGUACCAAAGUCAGAAAUGACCUGAUGGAAGUUUCCAUAAGUUCAUCACAAACCGGUUUUAAACCACUAGUAUUAUUUUUAUUAUUAUGUCAUUAGGAAUGUGAGCCAAAGACACAGAUACGACCUGAAUCGAGCUGCUUCGAGUCAUUCAACGCCUAAUGCUUUUCAAAAUCGUAAAACUGAAACAGAUUUAUACUCAUUUUAGACAUUUUUUCACUGGUUACAAGUCACUGUAAUGUUUAACCAUGCUUUGUUUUGGUGUUUUCACAGUCUAGAAUGAUGAAAACACGAUAACGACAAUGUGCUGCUGGAGGAGAAGAAGAAGAUGAAAUGAGUCUAAUCAAAAACACUCAAUAACACCUUUUAUUGUGGCGAAAGGAAGACAGUGGGCACGAAAGCAGCGUGUGGUUGAAAAGGUGUGAGCGAGAGAGAAGAACUGUAUGAUGAAAGGAGGAGGAAGAGGAAGCGUGAAGAGCGGUCGGGAGGAAAAGGACCCGUUUCGUUAAGGUUUUGCAGCUUUACUAAAAAUAUCAAAUGUACCUUUCAGAUCUAAUCACCCACAUCGCUGCUUAUCCUGCGUGCGCAGCUUUAAUUUGGGAGCUCUCACAUUUUACUACUUCCACCGGCUGUGUCAUUUUUCAUUUUUCUCCCCUCAUUGCCUCCUGGACAAACCCUCACGCUGCUCUGGUUUUACUGGUUUAGGAAAAAGCUUUUCUUGAAAAACAGACACAAACAGAUAUAACUCAAUUCAAUGAAAUUAAAUAAUAAUAUUAAGAAUUUAAAAAUGUAUUAAAAAACAUUAACCUUGUUAGUUUCAAAUUUAAAAUAAAAUAAAUGAAUCAAUAAAUUUAUCGUCCUCUCCAUCAGCUUAAUUACCUUUGAGGGCUAUUUAUUACAGUAGUUCAAGACCCAACGCACAUUCAGGAGAUUUUGCUUUUAGUUUCAUCAGUGUUAUUUACAUCUCUCUCUUCUGUGUUGAGUCAUGUGAAAGUACGGAUGAAGGGAGCUGUCAGAGAGGAUGUUCGGCCCUUCGUUCGGGAGCUGCCGUUCGCCUCAGUCUUUCAGCGCUUCAGCGUCUCAGUGACUUCACUGGAGGAUAUUUAUCUCGUUUUGUGAAUCUCCCUCUGAAGCCACAAACGCCUUAAUAUGUUUUUCACAUAUUUGUUUUCCACACUUUGAUGUGCAAAACUGGUCCCGGUCCCCGGGGCAGCGAGUCGCAUCCAAGUGAACGCGUCAGACUUUUAAAAUGUGACCUGAAUGGAUGUGGAGGGAAAGAAACCAUGGCAAUGUCUUCAUUUUCUGUCUCCAGAUUGACUUCCCUGCAGCUGCUCAGAGGCUCCAGGAGAAUUCAUCCACACGUUCCCAAAAUGAUCCAGACGGUCCCGUGUGGGUUAUUAUUAUGGAGCCCGCGCCCACUCGCUCAGUUUAGCUAAUAGCUAAUAGGUUGCAGGCCUUAAAUCGGUCCCACAUGAGGGCGAGUUACUGUUCGACUACGUGUGGGAGCUCAGAAUAGAUCCAUCUCGUGCCACAAGAGAAGGUGCAUCUUUACGAUGGCACAUAAUGUCCAAUGACAAUCAGCUGUGAUGCUGUGUUCACCGGUUUUUCUCUAACGCAUCCUGACAUUCCCCCAUGACGGCUGUUUUAAAAGGUAGAGGUUCUGCUCCGGGAGACACAUGAGCAAAAGCAGACGUGUGUCGGAGCGGGAAACACCCACCAAAUGCACAAAAGGCCAUUUUAUUUGUCGAAAAGGACCGAGUGCCAGCUGAGAAGUGUAGGAGGAGCAGGUAAAAGGUCCUCGUGCUUCGCUCUUCUCGUUUAGCUCAUCCGUUCCUGCUGUUCCCACAAGUGGUUCUGAGCCACAAUGGGCCCCGAACGUUGCUCUUUCAGCUUCGCUCUCGCGGUUCCGACCGCGGAGGCUCAUUAUCGCGCGGCGGUUCAGCGUGUGCUGCGUUUCUUCUGUUCCUUCCUCCCGUUGUUCUUCAGCCGCUUCAAUGCAUAAUGUACCUGCAGAAGCCUCCGUGACCUCUGCGAAACGCUGAAAGAAGUAUUGACUGUGUAUCUGACUGAAAUCCAGUUUCUGAGUCGCGCCAGACCCUCCUGUCUCAGUAUUUAGGUUUUUAUUACUUGAUUUGCCUUUGGUGCAGUUACUGUUUAAAGGCUCUUUGCUGACAUGGUCCUAACAGAAAAUCGCAGCACAGAAUCAAACCUGAUCUGAUCUGCGGCUUUGAAUUGGCUCUAAAAUGUCAUUUUCAUUUCCUCUAAAUACAAAUGUCCUUAAUAAGUGACUUCAUGAGCCUCAACGCUUUGUGAGUUUCCUCUUAAUUGAAUCCAUUGAACUAAUAAAUGAGUCUGCGUGAA